AUGUUAGCUGCUAGAUCAUCAAUACGUCGUUGUUUUUCAACUUCUUCACCUGCUUACAAAACUUUAAAAAUUGGCUUAAUUCCCGGUGACGGAAUUGGUAGAGAAGUUAUACCAGCUGGUCAAAAAGUAUUAGAAAAUUUACCUUCAAAAUAUGAUUUAAAUUUUGAAUUUGUUAAUUUAGAUGCUGGAUUUGAGUUAUUUAAAAAAACCGGUACUGCAUUACCAGAAGAAACCGUUGAAAUUUUAAAAAAUGAAUGUGAUGGUGCAUUAUUUGGAGCUGUAAGUUCACCAACCACAAAAGUUGAAGGUUAUUCUUCACCAAUUGUUGCAUUGAGAAAAAAAUUAGGAUUAUAUGCUAACGUUCGUCCUGUUAAAUCAGUUAAAGGGAUAGGUAGACCAGUUGAUAUGGUGAUUGUACGUGAAAAUACUGAAGAUUUAUAUGUUAAAGAAGAAAAAACUUAUACAAAUGAAGAUGGUACAAAAGUUGCUGAAGCUAUUAAAAGAAUUACUGAAACUGCCUCAAAAAGAAUUGCCAAGAUGGCUUAUGAAAUUGCUUUACAAAGACAAGCUAUUAGAGAAGCUUCUUCUGGUGAACAACUUCAUUCAAAACCAUCAGUCACAGUAACUCACAAAUCAAAUGUUUUAUCACAAUCCGAUGGAUUAUUUCGUGAAUCAUGUAAAGCAGUAUGUACUGAGAAUCAAGAUAAAUAUUCAAGCAUCGAUCACAAGGAACAAAUUGUUGAUUCAAUGGUUUAUCGUAUGUUUAGAGAACCAGAAAUUUUUGAUGUUGUUGUUGCUCCAAAUUUAUAUGGUGAUAUUUUAAGUGAUGGUGCUGCAGCUUUAGUAGGUUCAUUAGGAGUUGUACCAUCAGCCAAUGUUGGUGAAACGUUUGCAAUUGGUGAACCAUGUCAUGGAUCAGCUCCAGAUAUUGAAGGUAAAGGAAUUUCAAAUCCAAUUGCUACUAUAAGAUCAACUGCUUUAAUGUUGGAGUUUAUGGGUUAUCCAGAAGCUGCCGCUAAAAUUUAUGAAGCAGUUGAUGCCAAUUUAGCUGAAAAUAAAAUUAAAACUCCAGAUUUAGGUGGAAAUUCAUCUACACAAGAAGUCAUUGAUGACAUUAUUAAAAGAUUUUAA